GUGCUUUCGCAGUCGUGGUGUGCAGUUGUGUUCCGGUCCGUCCGUCCAGUCCUAGUCUGCUCUGUCACGCACGAGGCAGCUCAUCGACCCAUCUGACAUUUACUGACCGCCACGUUUACAUUCCCUAUCGUGGACAGCAAUGGCAACAACGUCUUUGGUGACCCUGGAGCAGCUGCCGGACGACAUGAUUGCGAAAGUGAUGCAGCACGUGGCCGUGAGAGACGUUCUAGCCUGCCGCCGCGUGAGCAAGAGGUUCUGCAGCGUGGCCCUGCACUGGGACAUUUGGCGUCACCGUACGCUCAGCGAUGACGAACCAUGCGCGGGCGCGGUGCUGCGCCUGGCCCCGUGCCUCAAGACGCUGAUAGUCACGGGCCGGGUCCCGACCCUGGCGGCGACCACGACCGGGUGCGCCGUAGCAAAAUUGGUUCUGAGGUCGUGGUCGGAUCAACCGGUUGCCUUUAACGCCGCCGAGUACGCCUUGGCCGUGCGCAACCAGGAGUCCCUCGGGCGUCUGAGGAUACUUGCGCUGGUGCUGCGCUACCCUGAGAAGACUGAAGCCGACGUGCUGUACAGGACUGUUGCGGCGUGUUCUGGGCUGGAGUCGCUCUCGGUCGUGAUUGAACCACCACUGCAGACCACCCAACCCAUCGUGCGUGGGCCACCCAGCUCGUCGCUCACUUAUUUCAGGUGCGAUGUAACCGAAAACUCGGCAUCCUUUGUGAACACCAUACUGGCCGGGCACGCGGCUACCCUGGAGACGGUUGAGAUUCCGAACUCCAAAUUACGGAGGGGCACGACGGCGGAACUGAUAGCCGCCAUGCCGAGACUCCGCAGACUGCAGUGCGACAAUAGGUUAGUCGGGCUACAAGCGGUGGGGGAGUGCAAAGCGCUCAGAGAACUGCACAUCCAUCUACACAGGGACGUAGGAGGUGCUUCCGACAGGGCUGCUCAUGUCCUCCUUCGAGUCAAACAACUGCAACGUGUCCACCUGGAGUCCUACGCGACAAAUAUCGCCGAGGAGCAGAGCACGGUGCUGGCCGAUGCCCUCAAGGCCUUGGCAUCGUCAGGGCAGUCCCGCGUGGACAGGCUGGCCCUGGAGGUUUUGGGCGAUAUUCAGCCGCUGCUACGCUCGCUGCCCUCGCUGCCUGCCCUGCGUCACCUGAGCGUGGAUGUUGAUCCUAACGACAGGCUGCUCAAGAGCAUCACCCCCGCCACGGCCCCGGCGCUGCGGCUGCUGGAGAUUGUGGCAGAGUCGGGGAAAUGCCCCCACGCCUGGAUGCACGGGGCUGCGGUCAAGGCCGCCCUGAAGAUGAACCCCCUGCUGCACAUCCAGCUAUGGAGCAGCCCCUUAGCUGCAGGCCUCGAGAAUUGCCAUCCCCAAGUCUGCAAGAAGUGUGUGGAUGCCUACCCUCAAGGAGUAAACGGUCACGGUGUGAGGAAGAUGGGCCUCUACUCGCAUGACCCUGGCGCUUGCCCCUCACCAGAGGAUCACACUGAUGUCACCGACUGGGCAUGGUCCAAGCAAAUGCGCCACACUGCCUAUGCCGCAUGUACGUGGAUCCAUGUGUGAUGUAUUGAUGUAUUUCUAUACUUAAUUGAUCGUGGAUGUUCCGUCUUCCGUUUUGUUCAGUUCUGUCAGGCCCGUUAAAAAAGGCUAAUGUCUUUAGUUUCGCAUUCUGCGUAAGGAUUAACAGUUAAUAAAUGGUAAAUG